AUGAAAAACGAUUACGUUGGUCAAGACGGUAAUAUUCCUCAACAACAAAAUAGUCCUUCACAAUCAUUUCACCAACAAAUUCCUCUUCAAAACAUGUAUUCGCAGAAUGGAAAUCCAGCUUUAUCUAAAGAAUAUCAAAUAUUUCAAGCAAGUCAGCUGAGCAUUGAUAAUUAUAAUUAUUAUCCUCCAAGAAAUGUUCCUCUUGAAAGUCAAUCACCAAUUUAUAACACAUCCUCGGUGAUUCCACCACAAGUUGCUCAACAAAAUCAACAAAUCAAUCCAAUCAAUCCACAAAUUAAUCCUCAACAAAUUAAUUUUAAUCAACAAAUAAUUGAUCCUAAUAGCCUUCGACAUAUCAAUCAUCAGCAAGUCAACCCUCAACAAAUUAAUCUUCAACAAACAAAUCAACAAAUUGUUUCCGAACAAAAUCAAUCUAUCCAUACGGACAAUAGCAUUAAUUCACCAAAUUUCGUGAUUGUACAUGGAACGUUACCACCACCAAUAAAUACCACGGAAAAAGGUCAAGUUGAUCAUUCGAUCCCAUCAAUCGAUAGGACUUUUACCCAACUUACCAGUCUGGAGCAAAUUUGGAAUUUGCCUUUAAUUCAUGAUGGUAGACCUACUUGGAAAUUUUGUAAUCAACAAUUUAACACUGGUCAAUAUUAUCAUCAAGAAUCUCCAAUUAUUAACAAUCGAGAAUCUUCUACAAACCAGUACAUAGUAACUUCACAAUUAUACGAUGCUGAACCAAUAUACCAACAACAACAGCCUCAACAAGUUAUUGAAAUACAACAGUUUCGAGACCUACCGUCAAUUCCUUCCGAAUAUGUAGUAACCGCUCCAGUACCUCCUCAAAAAUCUCAAAUACCUCAAGGAAAGACAACUCCUUUUGUGAAUCAUGAAAUAAAAGCUGAAGAAAGAGGACUUACGGGUAUCACUUCUUUAGAACAAUUAUGGGGAAUGACAUUUUUUCAUAACGGGAAUCCUACUUGGAAAUUUUGGUUUGCUUUAUUUUGGUUCUUAUAUUUCGCUUUGAUUGUUGUUGUGAUACUCGUAAGCAUCAUGCAGGGGAUUGGAGAUUCGGGAUCAAAAUUUGGUGGAGAUAAUCAUUGUUUAAAUGUUGUUCCCGAUUGUAAACCCGAAGAGUUUCAAUGUGCCAAUAUUAAAAGUGCAGCAAGAUGCCCUGAAAUUUAUUGUUCCAAGGUUAAAACGGAUGUAAGUAUUAUUAUUUCAUAA